UACUUAGCUGUCCACUCGUUUUUUAUUAAUUUCCUUUUUUUUUUUUUCAUCUUCUUCUUUUCUCUUCUUCCACGACUUCUCCAUAAGGGAGAGGGGGAAGAAUCAUAUCUCGGAAUUUCAUUUUAUUUUUUUCUUUCCCAUUCCGCAUUGAGUUUUCCCUCUCUUUAUAAUGAAAAUUGGAGAUUCUUGAGUCAAUUUUCCAGUCAAUUCGCCAAUUGGUAUCAUUCUGUACAGGAGAUCUGAGCUCGGCGGUGAGCUUUGACAAGUGCCGGAUUUUUCAGGGCGAUCUGGGUUUGGUUUCUUGCAAAUAAAGAGUCGAAGAUUUUUUUUUUCCCGCCAUUGUGAUUGUAAGAAAGAGAAAGGAAAGCAGAAGAUCGCAAAGACUCAAUCUUUCAGCUGAUCUGAAGUCUCUCUGUUUCAAGCGCCAUAAAUAUCCUCUGUUUUCUUCGUUUUCUUAAAGAGAAAAAAUGAUGAGGAUGAAGACUGGGCUGUCACCCAUGACUCAUAGCAGCGCAACUUUUGGCGGCGGCGGCGGCAGCGGCGGCGGUGGUGGCGGUGGCGGGUCAGCCGAGGGAGGAGCCCACGAGUGGGAGUUGAGACCUGGAGGAAUGUUGGUUCAGAAAAGAAACCCUGAUUCCGAGUGGACCGCCGCCCCACCACCGACAAUUAGAGUUAGGGUCAAAUAUGGGUCGAUUUACCAUGAAAUCAGUAUCAGUUCUCAAGCUACAUUUGGAGAAUUGAAGAAGAUGUUGACAGGACCAACAGGAUUGCAUCAUCAAGAUCAGAAGCUGAUAUACAAAGAUAAAGAGAGGGAUUCAAAAGCUUUUCUUGACAUGGCAGGAGUCAAGGACAAAUCCAAAAUUGUUCUCGUUGAAGAUCCAAUUAGUCAGGAGAAGAGGUUAUUGGAGAUGCGAAAGAAUGCCAAGAUGGAAAAGGCAUCAAAAUCUAUCUCGGAAAUCAGCUUGGAAGUUGAUAGGCUCGGCGGUCAGGUAUCGGCUCUUGAAUUGAUAAUUAAUAAAGGUGGGAAAGUAGCAGAGAAAGAUGUGUUGAAUGUGAUUGAGAUGUUGAUGAAUCAGUUGCUUAAACUAGAUGGGAUUACGGCAGAUGGAGAUGCCAAAUUGCAAAGGAAAAUGCAGGUGAGAAGGGUUCAAAAGUAUGUUGAAACUCUCGAUAUGUUGAAGAUUAAAAACUCCAUGCCUGGCAACAAUGGAGGGGAAAAGCCAAUGCAGGUUCAGGAGAGGCACUCAAAUGUACAGAAACUGUCAACAAUCCAAGAGCAGCAGUCCCGGCAUUUCAAUGGACACAGAAUAUCUCCAAUUGAGGAGCAGCAAGCAAGCAACUCGUUUGCCCAUCUGCCUAUACAUCAACAAUACCAGCAGAAGCAUCAGCAGCAGCAAUCAAGGCAUUCAACCUCUAGUCCUGUGGUUGUGACCACGAAUUGGGAGACAUUUGAUAAUUUGCUCCCAUUGGUCCCUGUCCCCUCCACAUCCGCAUCAACCACCAAUAGUUCAGUCCAGCCAAAGUUUAACUGGGAACUCUUCGACUAAGCAUGCAGAAUGCAAUGAACCAGGGUUUUUUUAUGUGUGUAUGGAUGUGCUUUGGGGUUUGUCUUCAGUCGGUUUGUUAUCCCUACUUCCAUUCUUUCUGUACUUAGAUUUUGUUGGCACCCCUAUUAGUAUGUCAUUCUGCAUACCUGAAAAAUAAAUGGGGUUUCCACAACUGUGAUUAUUACUGUUAUUAUCAUCAGAAACAAGAUGUUUCUCUCCAUUUUAUUCCACUGUCUCGGAAUUCAUUCUCCAUAUGUAAUUUUCCUUGUCUUAAUGGUGAUAUAAAGACUUGUGUCUGCAGAUUUAUUAAAUUGAAAUACAAAGU